AUGGCUCUCAUAUCGUCCACCACAAUCAUCACCUCCAUCUCCCUCUUCCACCUCACCCUAGCCUACUUCUUCCUCUUCAAGCCCAAGACGGUAGCAGACCAGGCAAUCGUCUUUGUUCUAGGAGAAAGCAUGAACAUGCCCGAAGUUCGCGGCUUCGACGUCCCAAGCCCAGCGCUAGCCCUCCUGUCCGUCAUCCUCGCCUUCUCCGGCAUCAGCGACCUCGUCUCACUGUCCAUGCCCGAGGAAUUCAGCGCCUUCUACUACUGGGGCACUCAAGCUCCACUCCGCUUCUUCCUCUCCAUGCUCCUCGUCGCCUACUCCUACGCUUUCGGCCCCUCACGCCCAAACACCUCUUACAAAGCAUCUGGAUCGGGUACCGACCAUUUACACAACAGACUUCUCUUCGCAUUCAUGUUUGUCGAAAUGAUGGCCUGGUUCUGGACAUGGAUUACCCUGCGAGAAGAGCGCUCCGUCCUCGUCGAAAAGAUGAGAAAGCAGGAGGAACGAGAAAGGCAAACCUUAUAA